UCGAAGCAGAGUGCUCAGGCCUCUGCUCAGCAGGAGGGGCUGGGGGCUGAGCGAUGGGACUGACUGCUGCAGAAACAAGGCUGGACCCCCCGGACCUCAGCACCUGCAGCUCCCAGGAUGGUCCCAUCUCGGAGCAACUCCUGAACGUCUCACUGCAGUCACCCGGAUGAAGUGAAGCUCAGACAGCCUUCUCUGCGCCCAUCAUGGGAAACCAUGGAGGAAAUCCCCGCUGCUCCUCGCUCUUCAGUGAAUUUAAUGCCCUGGACUCCGUCCUGGAGCUCUCCUCCCCUGCGGGGCUGAGUCGGUGCUGUGGCAGGUAACCUGUCCUCUACGCCAGGCAUGACCUCAGAUUCCUGAUGCACCCUUACUCAGCCCAUCGGCGAUCUCAUGAGACCCCCGUGAGCCCCAUACGGCACUCGUGGGGGUGGCAGCCGCUCUCCUCGAAGCCCCGGCUGCGGGUACGUCUGCGUUGGGGCGCCUAUUGGAGCACCCAGAAAUACCUGCACACGGCCGAGGCGUGUCUGGAAACCUGAUGCCUCAUCCCCGCCAUGUGGAGGCGGAGGGAGGAGGGCUGUGAGACAUGUCCCUUCUCGCUCACAACAGCUGAAAGCACAGAAGGCAACUCGCUACAGGCCUUCUCAGCAGUGCAGGGCGUCCCGGUCGCAUCCCAGGGGCACCACCAGACGCUGGGACUCUGGGUGGGUGGCAGUCCCGCAGCCGCCGGGCGAUGAACAUCGCAAGGAGAAGAGGCUUUUACAGACAGGAGCUGAACAGAACCGUCUGGGAGCUGCCCAGGAGGUACAUCUCCCUGCACCCCGUGGGCUCUGGGGCCUACGGUUCUGUCUGUUCUGCCAUAGACAAGAAGACAGGAGAGAAAGUGGCCAUCAAGAAGCUGUGCCGCCCGUUCCAGACAGAGAUCUUUGCCAAGAGAGCAUACAGAGAGCUCAUUCUCUUGAAGCAAAUGCAGCAUGAGAAUGUCAUUGGGCUGCUCGAUGUCUUCACCUCCGCCCCUUCCUACCACGGAUUUCAAGACUUCUACCUGGUGAUGCCAUACAUGCGGACAGAUUUACAAAAGAUCAUGGGACAUGAGUUCAGUGAUGAAAAGAUCCAGUACCUGGUCUACCAGAUGCUGAAAGGGCUGAAGUAUAUUCAUUCUGCCGGAAUCGUCCACAGGGACCUGAAGCCAGGCAACCUGGCUGUCAAUGAAGACUGCCAGCUAAAGAUCUUGGACUUUGGCUUAGCAAGACAUGCUGAUGCUGAAAUGACAGGCUAUGUGGUCACACGCUGGUAUAGAGCUCCAGAAGUCAUUCUGAACUGGAUGCAUUACAACCAGACAGUGGAUAUCUGGUCUAUUGGUUGCAUCAUGGCAGAAAUGCUGACUGGGAAAACACUGUUUAAAGGAAAAGACUACCUUGAUCAGCUGACUCAGAUCCUGAAAGUAACAGGGCAUCCGGGAGAUGACUUUGUGGAGAAGCUUGAGGACAAGGCGGCUAAAAGUUAUAUCAAGUCUCUUCCAAAAAUGCCCAAGAAGGAUUUGUCUGUGCUUUUCCCCAAAGCCAAUCCUCAGGCAGUGGACCUGCUGGACAAGAUGCUGCAGCUGGAUGUGGAGAAGCGCCUUACGGCCACAGAAGCAUUAGCCCACCCGUACUUCGAUCAAUUCCGAGACAUCGAGGAGGAGACAGAGGCACAACAGGCCUACGAUGAUUCUCUGGAGCAUGAAAAGCUUUCAAUAGAAGAAUGGAAAAAACAUAUCUAUAAGGAGAUCUUAUCCUUCAGUCCAAUUGCACGGAAGGACUCAAAGAAGCGAAGUGGAAUGUCGCUGUAGUGACUGCUGCAGCUGUGACUGGGAUUCAUGUCUCAUGCUGGAUGACAGAUGGAAUUUGUUCCACACAGCCUCUUUUGUUGCCAUCACUUGGCCUAUGGAACUCGUGUGUGUGAACAUGAUGUCAACGCUGUGACUGUGGGCAUUGGACUUUCUUCUACUGAUGGGGGAAGUGCGCCUAAAUAGUCUUCAACUCUAAAGAUAAAUAUGCUCUCACUGAAACUUUGGGAGAAAUUGCUGGUAUUUUUUUCUCCCUCCCCCCUCUCCUCCCUGCAUAUUGCCAGGUUUUUGUUUCUCCUUUCUUUCUAAGCACAGGUUUUUGGACUUGAAUUAUGUAUAACGUAAAUAAAAUGGUAACACUGUCUGGGGACUGAGUCCCAAGCAAAAUAAUGAAAUGGUGAAAUUUA